AACAAUCUUCAAGUCAGCAGAUUUGCGAUGGCUCGACCUUCGUCAGCUCCCAUUGUGGUACAAAUACGAGGAAACUGCAUACUCAAAUCCCGCCAUUCAAGAUGAGUUCCGCUGCAAAGAGACCUAUAUUGCGAACCUUGUCGCCGGUCGUGGGCUCGUCAAGGGAGAGUAUAUUUAUAUCUUGUCGGAUCAGACCUUCCACUCGGCUUUGUACGACUCCUGGAGGACGAUUCUACACCAAUACACACUGUUCCGGCUCCGCAGCGAACACAAAACUAGAGGCUAAACGAAGCAUUCCUCUCACAACCUGUCAGCACCCUGUCGUGAAGGGAUCACAUACGCACAACUGCUGGAGUAACCGAGCUUACAUGAGCACGAGCACGAGCACAUCGACCAUGAAAGCACUUGUGUACAAAGGAGAAGGCCAGUGUGCCCUGGAAGAUCGACCGAUCCCACAGGUUCAAGAACCGACGGAUGCUGUAGUAAAAGUUUUGUAUACGACAAUCUGCGGCACGGACCUGCAUAUUGUGAAGGGCGAUGUGCCGACUUGCACGCCCGGUCGAAUUUUGGGUCAUGAAGGUACGUCGUUCUCAAGCAAACUCCGGAUUCUCGGCCAAAGCACCGUGGUUGGGACUGACGGGAGGCGGUGUGUGUAGGUGUCGGUAUCGUCCACGAACCCGGCUCCGCGGUCUCCCGCUUCAAGAAGGGCGAUCACGUCCUGAUCAACUGCAUCUCCAGCUGCGCGACGUGCGAGUAUUGCCGACGCGGCAUGUACAGCCACUGCGUCAAGGGCGGGUGGAUCCUCGGUAACACGCACGACGGCACGCAAGCUGAGUAUGUCCGCAUUCCCGUCGCAGAUAGCAGUCUCCACCCUGUGCCCGAGGGUGUGAGUGAGAAGGCGCUUGUCAUGCUCUCGGACAUUUUCCCGACAGGUUUCGAGUGCGGCGUGCUCAACGGCAAGGUCCAGCCUGGGUCGACCGUGGCAAUCGUGGGUUCGGGACCGGUGGGAUUGGCAGCGCUCAUGACGUCGCGAUUGUACUCGCCCAGUCUGGUCAUUGUGAUCGAUAAGGAUCCCAACAGGCUGAAGGUCGCGAAGAAGUUUGGCGCGGAUUAUGUGGUGAAUAGUGGAGAGAUGUCUGUCGAGGACGAGAUCAUGAAGAUCACGAACAAUGUCGGGUGUGAUGCUAUCAUCGAAGCGGUGGGUGUCCCGGCGACGCUGGAGAUGGCGCAGGAUCUGGUCGCGCCGGGCGGGACGAUCGCCAACGUCGGUGUGCACGGGAAGAGCUGCUGUUUGAAGAUUGAGAAAUUGUGGGAUAGGAAUAUGUCGCUCACGACGAGGCUGGUGGAUACGGUCACGACACCCAUGUUAUUGAAGUUGUUUGCUGCAGGCGGGUUGAAGCCAGGUGAUUUGAUCACGCAUGAGUUUGCAUUCAAGGAGAUGGAACAAGCAUAUACCACGUUCCAGGCGGCGGCGGAGCAUCAGGCGCUGAAGAUGUUGAUAUCGAUGUAAAUCUUUUGGGUUUCCAGGGUGCUCUGGGGGUUGGUAGCGAUGGUCGAGGAAAAGGGGUCUGCAGCAGCUCAGUAAGGACUCGAGCUUUGGCACGAAUUGAAGUUGUACAGUUCCGUGAUUGGUUUCAUCUCUGUCCACGGGCGCGAUGGGCCUAUGCAUUGAAACCCAUCCCCUUGACCUCCGGAUCAGCCAUGAGCGCGCUCUUCACCUCUUCUUCUCCGACCUUGAACCUGACCUUCCCUGCUCUCUCUCCUCUAUUUCUUGCUUCCAUGGCUAUGAUACCUGCCUCCACUAGCUCCAUAGCUGCGGCACCAAGGGCGAGGACACGAGGCAUCUUAGACGAUGUCUUCCCUACCUCGGUGUCAACAAGAAGGAAAUCAUGGAUCGCACUGUUCUCGGCAACAUGCACAAUGUGCUUGGCUUCGACAACGACAUCGCCCAGGGUGGACUCGGCGACGCCUGUGCGUCGAGACCGUGCAAGGAG